GUUUUUUAUUGUUAUUUUUUAAAUAUUUUUCUAAUUGUAUUUAUGAAAUGACGAUUCUCGCUGAUUCAUCAUCCAGAUUUUUAAAAGAGGUAUGAAGCAUGGGAUGUGACCUAAUUCCUCCUGAGGUAUGAACAGAUGAUGAAUUCUAAUCACUACUGAAGAGAAAGGUCUUCAUCGAAUCGUUUCUCCUCUACUGAAAAUGACAAAUUGAGACAAAUAUCUAAGUUUGUCUCUAUUAUAUCAGUGUCUAUAUGUUCUUGUUUGGUUGGAUGAAUGAUUCUUGAACCAGAGCAGAUUGGUGGAGGUUUCAGUGUUCUUCAGUGACUCUAACAUGGCCAUUUACAGUAACCAUAGUCUUUCAAUUUCAGUAUUUGCAGUCACACUUCUUCUUUUGGCCUCAACGACAGCAUUAGGAGAAGAAGAAGAAGAAUCACCGAUCACUCGGUUUCAGCAAUACCUUCGUAUCAAAACGGCACACCCAAAUCCUGAUUAUGCAUCAGCAGUUUCAUUUCUUACUUCUCAAGCUCAAUCAAUCGGUCUUCAAGCCCAAACCCUAGAAUUCGUACCCGGGAAGCCUCUUCUUCUCUUGACCUGGCCAGGUACAAAACCUUCUCUGUCUUCAAUUCUUCUUAAUUCCCAUAUGGACAGUGUACCUGCCGAACCCUCCAAAUGGCUACACCCUCCCUUCUCUGCUACCCGAACUUCCGAGGGGAAAAUAUAUGCCAGAGGAUCCCAAGAUGAUAAGUGCAUCGGAAUUCAAUACCUUGAAGCAAUCAAAAACCUUCGAUUCUCUUCCAAUUUCAAGCCCCUUCGUACAAUUCAUAUAUCGUUUGUUCCGGAUGAGGAGAUUGGUGGGUUUGCUGGUGCUGCUAAGUUUGCAGCUUCGAAGGUAUUUGAGGAUUUGAAUGUAGGGCUUAUGUUGGAUGAAGGUCAGGCUUCAACUAACGAUGAAUUCCGGGUGUUUUAUGCCGAUCGGUUGCCUUGGCGAUUGAUAAUUAAGGCUGUUGGAGUGCCGGGUCAUGGGUCUAGGUUGUAUGAUAACACUGCAAUGGAGAAUUUGAUGAAGAGCAUGGAGAUUAUUACUCGGUUUAGGGAUAAUCAGUUUGAUUUAGUUAAGGCCGGAAUGGCGGCGAGUUCAGAAGUUAUUUCGGUGAAUCCUGUGUAUCUGAAAGCUGGAUCUCCUUCCCCUACGGGUUUUGUGAUGAACGUGCAACCUUCAGAAGCAGAAGCAGGGUUUGAUAUUCGUCUUCCACCUACAGCAGAUCCAUUUCUCUUGAAGGAAAGAUUUGCUGCUGAAUGGGCACCUGCUACCAGGAACAUGACAUACCAGCUGAUUGAGAACGGACCCUUAAGAGACAUAAUGGGGCGCCCUCUAAUGACUGCAACCAAUGAGUCCAACCCAUGGUGGUCUAUUUUCAAGCAAGCCAUAAGUGCUGCUGGAGGAAAACUUGCUAGGCCUGAAAUGCUGCCCUCCACAACUGAUGCGCGCUUUAUGAGACAGUUGGGGAUACCCACCUUCGGGUUCUCCCCAAUGUUAGAAACUCCUAUCUUACUUCAUGAACAUAAUGAGUUCCUGAAGGAUAGUGUAUUUCUGAAAGGAAUUAAGGUAUAUGAAUCCAUAAUCAGUUCUUUAAGCUCCUUUGAUGGAGGUAACACUCUAGGCUCUACCACAGCUUGAUUGAUCAUUGAGUAUGCUGUAGUUCAGCACUCUGUUGUUGUAUUUUUACUGCAAAAUUGCAGGUUUAGUGCUCAGCUUGAAUCUGUAAAUUUUUUGCAUUCACCCAACCCAAAAAUAAAAAAUAAAAAAGACAGUUUGCUUAUAAACAUCUUGAAAAUGUGAACCAAAGCUAUUGUUUCCCCCACCCCAUUUCUGCCACAUGGAUUUAUCAUUGUACUUUUGACUGUUUUAUGGAGAGGGAGUGCCUUGGAUAGUCUGUAUACCAUAUUUGGUUUCUAUCACAACCGUAUAGCUCAUCAUUUAUGAAGCUUUUCCCCUUUUUCUAAA